AUUGCUUUGCAAACCGCAGCCAGCAACCAAGCAGCGAGCUCGCAAAGAGGAGCCGGCCCUCGUACAUCCUAAGAAAAAACGCGAUUUUGCCCAUCUUGCAGUGAAAUUUUAAUCGAAAACCGCCAGAAAAACAACCGUGCACAGUAGUUCUCGCGAAACGUAGUGCGGAAAGCAUCCGGAAAUCGUUCCAUCGUCGAAGUGAACCGUUUUUUUUUGGUGAAGGGUGGUAUCCCAGGUGGAAGUCCAUUUUUUCUCGACGUGUGUCUGGAAGCAAGAAGAAAAAGGCACAGAACAGAGCGGAGAGAAGAACGAGAAAACGAAGCGAUUUAUCGGUCAGCGCGGCUGUGCGUUGUGAAAAAUAUUGGAAAAGUUUUGUUUUUUGCGGGAAAAAGGCUGGUGCAGACUGUUGGCGUUUUUGUGUGCCCUUGAGCGGUGUUACCAAGUCUCAGCAAUAUGCAGAUCGUUCAGAUUCUCGAGAAGACCGUAUCACCAGACAAAGAUGAGCUGCUGGCAGCAAAAAACUUUCUGGAGCAGGCAGCCGCAUCCAACCUGCCCGGUUUCAUCCGAGCCCUGUCCGAUGUGCUGGUCUUUGCCGGUAAUUCUGCGGUGGCUCGAAUGGCCGCUGGUUUGCAGUUAAAAAAUCAGCUUACCAGCAAAGAUCCCACCAUUAAGUACCAAUACCAGGAGAGGUGGCUUUCAUUCCCUGAGGAUAUGCGUGAAUAUGUUAAAGAGAAUAUUGUCGCAUCUCUCGGAACGGAAAGUACCCGCCCAUCAUCUGCAGCUCAGUGUGUCGCUUAUGUGGCAGUAGCUGAAUUGCCCGUAGGACAAUGGCCAGAUUUAAUACAGAAGUUGGUGGAUAAUGUAGUCAGUGAAAAAUCCACUGAAAUGCAGCGAGAGGCCACACUAGAAGCCAUUGGCUACAUCUGUCAAGACAUCAAUUCGGAAAUUUUAGAACAUCAAUCCAACCAAAUCUUGACGGCAAUUAUCCAUGGUAUGCGCAAAUCGGAACCGUCGAACCAUGUAAGAUUGGCUGCCACCAACGCUUUGCUCAAUUCGCUGGAGUUUACCAAAGCCAAUUUUGAGGAAUCGAACGAAAGGCAUUACAUCAUGGAGGUAGUGUGUGAGGCGACUCAGUGUACUGACACCCAAAUAUGUGUAGCCGCCCUUCAGUGUUUGGUAAAGAUCCUUACCCUCUACUAUCAGCACAUGGAAGCAUACAUGGCCCAGGCUUUGUUCCCUAUAACCCUUGAAGCUAUGAAAUCAGACAACGAGCAAAUAGCCCUUCAGGGUAUCGAGUUCUGGUCUAACGUAAGUGAUGAAGAGAUCGAUUUGGCUAUCGAAGCCCAGGAAGCGGAGGAGCAAGGUCGUCCACCGAAUCGAGUAUCUCGUCACUAUGCCCGUGGAGCCCUCCAGUUCCUCGCUCCUGUGCUAAUGGAGAAACUCACCCGGCAAGAAGAAUUUGACGACGAAGAUGACUGGAACCCUUCGAAGUCGGCUGGCGUUUGUUUAAUGUUGUUGGCUACCUGCUGCGAAGAAGAGAUCGUACCGUACGUCCUGCCAUUUGUCAACAACAACAUCAAGUCAACCAAUUGGCGGUAUCGAGACGCUGCUCUGAUGGUAUUUGGUUCGAUUCUCAGUGGCUUGGCAGCCAAUACCUUGAAGCCACUUGUAGAACAAGCAAUGCCCACGUUAAUCGAACUUAUGUACGAUCAAAGCGUCAUCGUCCGUGACACCUGUGCGUGGACCUUCGGUAGAAUAUGUGAGGUGAUUCCAGAAGCUGCCAUCAAUGAGCAGUACUUGGAGCCACUGCUAAAGGCUUUGCUUAAUGGUUUGAAAGCAGAACCCCGCGUAGCUACCAACGUUUGUUGGGCGUUCACUGGAUUAUCGGAUGCAGCUUACGAUGCAGCCAACGUUGAUGAUGAUCCACCGCAAACGUACUGCCUGUCGCAGUACUUUGACUUCAUCAUAAGUAACUUGUUGGAGACAACGGAUCGUCAUGACGGUGGUCAAAACAAUCUGCGUUCUUCUGCGUACGAAGCGCUAAUGGAAAUGAUCAAAAACUCGCCCCAGGAUUGUUACGUUUCGGUACAAAAGACGACUAUGGUUAUUUUGGAGCGAUUAAAUCAAGUUCUGCAAAUGGAAACACACAUUUCCACACACUCUGAUCGUCACCAGUUCAACGAUUUACAGUCUUUGCUGUGCGCGACUUUGCAAUCCGUGUUGCGGAAAGUUGAUGCAAAGGAUGCUCCUCAGAUCUCUGACGCAAUCAUGACCGCACUUCUGACCAUGUUCAGCUCAAGCUCCGGCAAGGUUGGAGGUGUGCAGGAAGACGCCCUAAUGGCAGUGUCCACCUUGGUCGACCUACUUGGUGAGGGAUUCAUCAAAUACAUGGACGCUUUCAAAGAAUAUUUGUACAUGGGUUUGAAGAACCAUCAAGAGUACCAAGUUUGUUGUACAGCGGUUGGACUUGCAGGCGACAUUUGUCGAGGCUUGAAAAACAAAAUCCUUCCAUAUUGCGACGAAAUCAUGACACUGCUCCUAGAAAAUCUUAGCAACCAAUCAAUUCAUCGUAGCGUCAAACCGCAGAUAUUAUCCGUAUUCGGUGACAUGGCACUGAGCAUUGGACCAGACUUCAAAAAAUAUCUUAACAUUGUCCUACAGAUGUUGUCGCAUGCGACGCAGGUACAGAUUGAUCAGAAUGAUUACGACAUGAUCGACUACCUGAACGAACUGCGAGAGAGCGUCCUGGAAGCGUACACUGGAAUCGUUCAGGGCUUGAAGGGUGUCGAUAAAGCCCCUCACGACGAUGUCAAUUUGCUCCAACCCCACGUUCCUUUCAUCAUCAACUACAUUGUUUCGAUCGCCAAGGACAGUGAACUGUCGGACGGAAACAUUGCCAUCGCCUCGGGGUUGAUUGGAGAUAUGUGCACUGCGUUCGGUCCUCCCCUUUUGCAGUUGGUCGAAGAUGUGCAGAUCCAGCAGCUUCUGGCCGAAGGUAAAAAUUCCCGGACAACACGUACCAAGACGCUCGCCAACUGGGCUCUGAAGGAAAUCAAAAAGCUGAAGCAACCUGCAAACGACGCGAGUUGAUUUAAUUCAGCAUCAAUGGUAACACACUCAACUACACGUCAGCCAAUGGGAGUGGAAGCGCCAACAGCAGCACCGUUCCAGCAAUGUAAUCCUGCUACCACCAUAUCCACCAACACAUCUUUCCAAUUGUCCUUGUCCAACAUCACCUGCCAAGACGACGAGUUGAUUCCAUUGGGCCCCGCGACUGCAGGCACCGUUCCAAAUCAGGACCACGAGGAACCCUUUCGUUGCAAUUACUAUUACAGCGACAAUCUUUGCUUCGACGUGUCGCUGCAGAUCUAAAGUCUUCUUGUUGGUACGACCACGGUAAAAAUGAUGUAUUCUAGUGUUUUACUAUUUUGAACGAACCUGGUCCUGAUCAACCGAAUGCAAGUAAGUAACUUCCUAAAUAUCACGGUGGUUUAUUGCGUGGUCAACGAACAUGAUUCAAUGUGGCAUGAGUUAUUCAGCUGUUAUUGGAGUCGUUUUGGUGAUGUGGAUGAUGACGAUGGAGUUAGCACAGAAGCAUGAUCUGUACAGCCGAGCAGAAAACCGAAACAUAUAACUCUGUGUUGUAGUAAAAAAGAAUAAAUUAUUGCUGUGUAAGGUUAUCUAAUUAAAUCAAUUAUUGAAAAAAAAAACAAAAACUAGUAAGCUAAUCAUAACUAGCGGGACACUACUACAAACACAAAGACAGCCUGUAAAUCUUUCUUCUAUACAAAUAUGAUGUAAACACAAACUUUCCUAGAACUACACAAACAACAUUUGCCUAGAAUAGUGGAUGCGCGUGCCAUAGUGAAACGAAAAAUCUCGUUUCGGGCCCCAGACGCCCACCAAAAUCCAAUUGUAAAGUUUCGUAAAAAGUUGUUAUAUUCAUCAUUUCUGUUGGACUUUCACCGUGGCACUCGUUCUUAUUUCUUUUGACACAGCGUAAGAAACAUCCGACAACACACACUUAUUACAUGUAUUCAGUAAGUAAAAUGAACAGAAAUAAUAUUUAAUUACAGUUAUGAAGCAAGAUUUAAACAAAUAUCCAUCAUUGCAAAAACGGUAAAGGGGAACGAAAUACUUCUGAUUCGAUAAAUAUUGCAGAGUUCAAUUGUGUAUGCUCGAUUAAUCUCGAAUUAUUGUUUUUUUUUUAUUCGGCUCGAGACGUCUCUGUGAGGCAUUUUUUGUUUCCAUAAUUUUUUCCCGUAUCUUAUGUACAAUCGUUAUUAAGAAAAAUCAUAAUGGCGAGAUUGAUCAUUGUGAGUGUAUAUUUUAAAGAUAAGCCAAAAACGAAAAAUGCUGUAAUAUUUUAGAUGAGAGAAAUAUUUCGUUGACCUGUGUCCUUUUCCCUAGACCGUAUUUCAAUUGCAAAUCAUAAGCAAUCUGUAUAGAUCGAACGAUUUUAAUUCAAAUUUUGAAAAACAAAUUGCAAAUUCAAAAAGAUUAGUUAGGGAAAAGGACCGAAAAUAAACAGUACAGUUGUUUAGUGAAAAAAAAAAGAAAACAAGAGAAGAGAGGAGCUUAAAGUGUAGAUUAAUAACUGAUACCUAAUUUUAGAAUUUGCAUAAGACAGAAAAUAAAACAAAAAAACACAAAAAAAUAAGGUCAAGUCAUGAAAUUGUCUGCGGACGAUGUGCGUGUGUUGAGAAAGUUUGAGCGCGGUUUGGGGAAAAUGUGCUGGGAGGAAAGCCGUAGAUUGUGAUUGUGUUGUAGACGAGCUGUAGAUUGUGAUUGGGUUCAAAUAAGGUGAUGAUAUUGAUGAGUUAAGUGAACGAGAUGUGGAGCGAAUCGUGAUAAUAUUUUCCAUUUGUUGAUUGGAGUUUUUUUUUUAGAUUGAUGAAAUCUUAAAAGUGCGGAACAUUUCUUCUUCGAUUUUGACAUAGGUAUGAUAACCUUUUCUAUGCUCAGCAAUACAUUUUGACGGAAAAUGUUGCCAUAAGGUUUUACUGGAACUAUUUUGAACCAAAUAUCCAUACACAGACGAUUAUUCAAAAGCAAUGUUGAUUGAACUUCCGCGUGUCUUGAUCCUCAAUAGAACUAGUGAGACUUAGACUAAACUUAUGGGAACUCUUAAACUGCUUAGCAAGUUUUUGAGCUUUUUCGCCAUUUUUUAAGAGCUGGAAUUUUUUUUAAAGAUUUUAAUUUUUUUCGAUGAUUUCCAAAAGGGAUCCAACUUUGAGACAUUAUUCUCAAAGUUGGCAUUUAUCAAAAUAGCUAAACGUUUUCAAUUUUAGUUUUGCAAAUCUCGACAAACUUUCAAAGCGGGAUCGCGAGUUCUUCGGUAUUGCCUUCGUCUCACAUUUUUAAGACGGAUCAGUAGCUGAAGAUCGUCGUGUAUAAUAAUGGGAGUUGAAUUUAAUUUCACAUUUAGGAAUUGCAAUCUCUCUCUCUCUUCGACAAUUAAAUUUGUCAAAGAUAACGAGAGCAUUAUUAUGAAAAAUUUGGAUUUGUUGCGAGUGAGAAUUUGACGAUCAGCUCUCAACAAAUUCCUUUGCUGCCCAAUAAUUUGGAUCUCUUUUGAUGGAGAUUCCUGGUUUUGAAUAAGUUUCAGUUAUAAUGGCAAUGCGCAAAUUAUGAACUGUUAAUAAGUUGAAUAAUUAAUCUCCCUUACCAUUUAAAGAGCGGGCAUUCCAAUUUAAAAUUUUCAAAAGAUAAUUCGGAUCCAUUGAAACGAAGUCCAUUUACAGUAAAUUUGAUACCAACCUGAACAGCUUCAGUCUUGAUAUUUGCUUUGAACAUUGCAUCAAUCAUAUGAUGCAAUUGUUCAGUUUGAAAAUCAAAAUAGGAAGAAUUGGUAUAAAAAUCAUUCAUCGUUGGUAAAUUUUCAGAAACAAAAUUUUGCUUGCUUGCAGCGAUUUCAGAAUGGAAUUCAGAAUUCGUUUGCAUUCUUUGAUUUAAAUUUUAACUUUCAAUAAUUCAAGCAUUUUUCAUGUGCAUUAUAAGUUCAAUUUUUUUCGUGUAAUAUUUGAAUUGUAAAUCAUUGAUUAACAAGACAUAACAAGAACUCCGAUUUAUGGAUUAUCGAAAUAAAAAUAUCCUUUUCCGCUAAAACCCUAAAAUGCAACAUUUUUGUUUGAGUAUAGAUGACCAUCGGAUAGGAUGGUUCAACAGUGGAAUGCAAUGCAUAAUACAAAAAAAUAACCCUAUAAAAUAUUGCAUAAGCAUGUAUUUUAGAUGACUGCUGACUGAUCGUUGACGCCACAUCAAGACAGCUUAACUCGACUUGUCUUGAAAAAUAAUUAAAGAAAAACACUGAAUAUAAGAAACCUUGACACGCCUAGCUAAACAAAUGAUGAAUAAUAACGGAAGAAAUCCAAACCAAUGGACGAUACUAAAGAUACUGAAUAAAAAUGAACUUGUUAUGUUCGUCAGAAUGUGAGAAUUUAUUUGAAAAACUGUUUGAAUGCUACAACUAAGAAUGUGUGCGUAUGUUUGUAACCGAAGAUUGUUCCUAUCGUUUAUGUUAGUUUUGGUUCUGAUUGUAUGCGUGCAAGACAUUUGCAAAGAAUGCCAACCAACUGAUUCUUAUAAUAUUUAAAUGUAUUAGUGCAGCGUUAUAUCUAACGCAUGUAGCACAAUAGAAAGUGAUUUGAUUGUUGCUUUCGAGUUGAAUGAGAAAAAGAACCGUAAGUAUGUUGUUGUAUGCAUGAGUUUAAGACACUGUACCACCAAGAACACUUUAGCAUUAUGCACUGAAAGGAUUAUUUAUUUCAGCUUCAAUGAAAUAUAAAAUUAUGAAGUGCCUGUAUUUAAUGUAUAGUUUUUUUUUCUAUUGAAUAUUGUGUUUCUGUUCUGUAUCUGUUGAGUUCCUAUAUGCUGCGAAUGAGUUAUCGUUUGGCGCACACUUUACACAGGCAAAAUAGAAGAAAAUUGUGUUAUUUACAUUCUCUUCUCAUAUUGUCAUACAACACAUAAUCAAAAAUAACUAAUUUCCUAAUCACCUUAUCACUUUUGAUUCAUUUUUUCAUUAUAUGUUUUACUAAAACCAAUGCAGUGGGAGUUUUGUAAUCUCUACAAAUUUUGAAGUCUACUGAAUAAGUAAAUGUUUAUAAUUUUACUUCACAUUAUUAUAAAUUUUUCUGUAAAUUCUGACUGUAUUCAUAUUAUUGAAUUCCAUGCACAGUUCAGCUUUUAUUAGCUAAUUAUUUUUGUUUUGUGCUAGUUACUAAUAUGCUUAGAUGCUUACAUUUACAACUUCUACAAUUGAACCACGCAGAAGGACAGUGGCAAUAUCAGUUUAGAGAUUCAAUGUACUAAAAUUGAAAACAAAAUAAAAUCAAAUUUAAUUGUACAGGAUGCUGAACGAAAAGAGCGAAUGCGUUUUUACUUCCAGAGAUGCGUGCCUGAUGAAAAUCCUUGAAUCAUUCCAUAAAGUGAAAUACAAUUGGAACAAUUGAAGGUCAUAUUUAACGUAAGGAGAAUUAAACAACAAUCGCAAGAACGAAAAAUUAUGUAAAUUCAACUUCCGAAAAAAGAAACAAAAAUUGCCUAAAACAAAACACAAACAAAACAACAGAUAGACUUGAACGAUUGCACAACAUACGAAACAACUCGAAAGAUACAAUACUGAAAAUAAAACAAAACUAACUCAGAAUUCCCAGUGAAAGCAAUUUCUACAAAACACCUCAUUUCGAAUCAUUGAUUGUGUUUAUUUCAAAAAAGUAGAAAUGCAAAUGAAACAAUGACUCUUGACUCUCAUACACUUACACGUGAAACAAGACUGCUGGAAUCAGCAAAAAUGCUACAAAAAUGAAUCAGAUAGGUGUUACAAAAUACAUUAGUAAAUAUAUGGAAACUAUGCUCAGGUACAUAAAAACACAUACAAAACAUAAUACAAAGACUAACAAAACAAACAAAACAAAGUAUUGCUCCCAUUAAUGAAAGCAAAGAAAAAACAAAAUCGAAAGGUGAUUAAGGAAAAAAACGGUAACAUUUACCAAUGAUACAAUGGAAAAUUUUUCCUUCUUGCUAAAUAGUUACUAGGUGACGAUGGUUGCCCGAGUGUGUGAUUGGGGAAUGUAUGCUAGGCUAAGGUAAACGUUCAAGAGUGUGAUUAUUGCAAUGCAUUGAACACGAUUGCAUAUGGUUUGUGAAUAAGGGUCGUAUAUUUAAAAGUGGAGAAGUAUGAUAAUAUCAUUUUAGGGAAUCUGAACAAUUUCAUCCAAACUCCUGUUUAGCUAGAAGAAGCUUACUUUUACAGAAGCAUCCAAUAAACAUGAACUAGAAAUAUAAUUUUAUUAUAAACUGUUUUGUGAUGAGCCUUCCGUUGAGGAGUUGAACGAGAAUGAACUCUUUAUCAAUUUGCCACCUCAAUAGACUUUGAAACGCUGAUGAACUUAGACGACUAAUACAAUACAAAAGAACCAACGGAAACGUGAACGAAUAGGAAUACAAACACUGAAUAAAACCCAUUAGAAUGUAAGUAGGAAUCUUUUGAAAUUAGAAAGAACAAAAACGACUUACUUAGACGCAAUGAAUUAAGUUGAAUUAAGAAAUAAAAAAUAAUGAAAACAACUGUGAUUUGAGAAAGCUUUUUACACGAAAAGUAACUUUAAAGAGAUUGCAAACCCUGAGUUGCAAAUAAGAAAAAGGGUUAUAAAAUGUAUCAAACAAAACAAAAAACAAUUGAAUUUAAUCAAAUAUUGUCAACUAAUCUAGAAAAAAAAUCAUUGGUUGAGGAAAAUGCGAAGCGAAAAAGCUUUCUCAAGAAAAGAAUGACUGAUUUUAAAACAAACAAAACACAAGAACAUUAACAUAUAAUACCAACAUGUUGAAACGACGGCGUGUGAUGGCGGAUAACGACAUCGUAUUUUGUAUGCACGAGGAAUGGUGAGGUAGGGAUGUAAUGAUGAGUGUGUUGGUUAUUAGUUCUUCCUCAGAGCCACGGAACACAUCGAUUUUUUUUUCCAUUUGGAUAUUUUUGGACCGGAAUGACCAAACGAUAAGGUCUUUUACAUCUUUGUAAACAACUUAUGAAACCAAUUGGAUUAAUUCCAGAGUCUCUCAAUUCUCGUGUAUACAUGGAUUCUCAUCCAUCCAGUGUGCCAUGGUCUACGCAAGCUCACGUAGCAUCAAUUCGGUUCGAGAGAGAGUGAGCCUGUCUCAAUGUACGUCUCAUGAGACUCAUCUCGACGAUACUAUUGAAUGAAAAUUUCCCGCCCUGUUGUUUGCAAAGGUUUGCCAUGGCAAACAGCGCAUGAGCUGAUCGCAUUGAGAUGUCUCAAUGCGACUCACCAAUGUUAAUGCGUGAGACUCGCGUGCGCUAUAUUUUAUGUGCGCGUAGCAAUCUUUGCUCAAUUUCAUCCUUUUUUGUACGCGUGCAAGAUGUCUGGUUAAUUCUGCAUGUAGACUGACUGUUUGGAUUCUAAAUGUCACCCAAAAAAGUCAAUUACACCUACGAUUUUUACGUUUUUCAUUUUUUGCGCUUCUACAAUUAAACAUGUAGUUGAAGGUUGCGACCCUGAGCAAGUAUCGAGAGAAACGAUCGUAGCAAAGAAACCCUAGACAGGAAGAAUUCGUUCCAGUAUUUCUAUUAGAUUGCUCAUAGAAAUGCAAUCAUAACUGCAACAGCAAACACAGCUUACAAAAAUCAGCCAAGUGAGAGAGAAAUUAGGUGCGUCUCGGGGCUUUGAGGACGAAAGAAUGCAUUUUCAAACGAUGUAAUAAAAUAAUGAAUGGAACAGAUGGCGGAUGCAUCCCCCAGCUCUGGUGUUGUAAUACCCCUAUUAUUCUUGAAACUAUCAAGAUUGCUUAUGUUGUAUGCAGCAUUUUUAAACGUAGAAAACACCUUCAUCCCAUCUCUAUCCUUUUGUCUAAGCGAAACCUCCAAAGAGAAAGAUCGUUUUGUAGGCGACGACGAAGAGUAUAAAAUAUCAACACAAGUAUCCACUAUAUUCAAAUUUUGAUAACAUUUUAAUCGAUAAAUAAAAUUAGGUAUCGCCGGGGUUCCGACGAAUCUAUGCCGGACGAAGCUUUGGGGGUUUCAAAACAAUUGAUUUCAUCGAUGAGCAAUGUGCGAAAACAUAAAAAGAGUGAGCGGGUCUCAAAACAAAACAGAAAUAUGUCCUGACGAAAGCAUACCGAAAACAACGGAAAGAAUACAAUAAAAGAGAAGAUUAGCAUUGUGUAGUCGCGAUAGUCUUUAAUGAAUGCGUAGAGCAUUGAUAAGAAUGUAAGCACGUAGAAUAUGUGAUGAAGUUAGCGAAAAGAACAGGAAACAAAGGGUGUGAGCAUAAAGCAAACAUACACAAAGAAUUGGCCAUAAAUAAGUGGAAAUACACGAAACUUGUCUGUGAAGUAGUCACACAAUUGGAGUGAGUGCUAGUUAAUUAAACGAUUAAGUUAUUGCGAGAAUGUGAUAAAUGUCGAAUGGUUGUCUGUUGGUGUCGAAUUAAACUGCUUUAAUGAUGAAAAAACUAUCAGUACUUCAGAAGUAUAAAUGGUAUAUGUGAGCUACAAAUAGUUCUACGAGAUUGUCUGCUUCCAAGAAACUGAUAAAUCUUUGCGUGUGAAGUUACGCGAAUCAUUAUAUCAAACAAAGUAAAUAGCAAUUGAUUGUUUGAAAAAUAUGAACGAAUGAGCGUGUACAAUCGAGCUGGGAAAGAGAAGAAAGAGCGAACGUGCAGAAAGAACGAGAAUCCACGAUUGAUUAUUGAUAAUGAUGGUAUAAAGCGUCGUAGUGCGAGCGACUGGGUCGUGCGGUGCUGUGCGAAUCUAAUUUGAUAAGAGAAUGUUAGUCUGUAAGUAAGUUUGAUGAACGUUUGUACACUUGAUGUUUGAUGACUGAAUAAAAAUUACAUGACUGCCAAAAAA